CUGGCCAGGAAGGGACAAAGGCAGCUGCAGCCUGAGAGGAGUCACCUUCUAAGAUGGAGAAGUUCAAGGCUGCGAUGUUGUUGGGGGGUGUCGGUGAUGCACUCGGCUAUGGGAACGUCUGCAGGGAGAACAGUACUUUAGGCUCAAUCCAGGAGGAGCUGCAAAAGACUGGGGGACUGGACAGCCUUGUGCUGUCACCUGGAAAGUGGCCAGUGAGUGACAACACCAUCAUGCACAUGGCAACGGCCGAGGCCCUCACCACAGACUACUGGUGCCUGGAUGACCUGUACCGUGAGAUGGUAAAGCGCUACAUAGAGACCGUGGAGAAGCUCGUGGAACAUCGGCCAGACCCUUCCACUAUCGAGGGCUGCUCGCAGCUGAAGCCAGAUAACUACCUCCUUGCCUGGCAUACGCCCUUCAGUGAAAAGGGCUCAGGGUUUGGAGCUGCCACUAAAGCAAUGUGCAUCGGGAUGCGGUACUGGAAGCCAGGCCGGCUGGAGACCCUCGUUGAAGUCAGUAUUGAGUGCGGUAGAAUGACCCACAACCAUCCCACAGGUUUCCUUGGGUCCCUGUGCACUGCUCUGUUCGCCUCCUACGCAGUACAAGGAAAGCCCCUUGUACAAUGGGGAAGAGAUAUGCUGAAGGCGGUCCCGCUGGCUGAGGAGUACUGCAGGAAGACCAUCCGGCACAUGGCAGAGUACCAAGAGCACUGGUUUUACUUCGAAGCAAAAUGGCAGUUCUAUCUGGAGGAAAGAAAAAUCAGUGAAGAAACAGGGAACAAAGCCACCUUCCCUGGCAACUAUGAUGCGGAGGAGCGAGACAAGACAUACAAGAAGUGGAGCUCAGAAGGCAGAGGGGGACGGCGCGGCCAUGAUGCCCCCAUGAUAGCCUACGAUGCCCUCCUUGGUGCAGGGAACAACUGGACCGAGCUGUGCCAACGAGCCAUGUUUCACGGAGGUGAGAGCGGAGCCACGGGGGCAAUCGCUGGCUGCCUGUUCGGGUUGCUGCACGGCCUGGCCAGUGUUCCACGGGGCUUGUACCAGGAACUGGAGCACAAAGACAGACUAGAAGACUUGGGCACAGCCCUGCACCGCCUAUCCACAGAAGAAAACUCCAAGAACAGCAAGAUUUUCCGAGAGAAGAUGGCCAUGGACUCACAGACCCUGAAGAAGAAGAUCAGCAGGACAUGUGACGAGGCAGCCAGAACCCUCCUCAACAGCCUCCUGCUUUACGUCUUGGACCGGGAAAAUGGACCCCAGAAGGCAGAAGACAAAGCAACCAGGGCCAACCGCCCAUCCCAACUCCAGGACGUGGGCCGGAGACCCACACGGUUCCAGCUUCUACAGGCUAAGUUCAUGGGCACUGGCCGGGAACCCCACCUCAAGAAGACCCGGGAAGUGGGCCGGCUGAUCUCCAAGGACAAGCAAGGACCUGGUAAAAGUUUUGUAAACGCCACUAUCAACAAGCUCCUAGAAAAGACCAAGGAAGGAGCCAACAGUGGCAGCCAGAGGACCCCAAGCAGUGAGAAGCCACGGUGGAGCCCCUCAAGCGGGAAGAACACUGUGAAAAACAUCCUGAAGAAGUUCUUGGCUGCAGAGGAGAAGGAAGCUAAGGAGAAAGAGGAACGCCAGAAGCCCCCCGCCCAGCGGCCUGGAGCUGCCAGGGGCCUCCUGCCGCGGAUUGUGGGCCGGAGCUCCAUCCUCUCCAAGCUGAGAGAAAGAUUUGAGCAGAGUGGCUGCCUGUACUCGGAGGCUGGUGUGCUGCCCCUGCACAGGGAAGGACGUAAGAGCAAGAGCCUACAGAAGAAGAAAGAGCACAGGCCACAGGUGCGGGUCCUCCACAUAGCCACCAUGGCGACCAGCUGUACCAGAACUCCCCCUGCCCGGUUUCUGGCCUGCACAGCUGAGCCCCUGCCAGCCCUCAGCAUUGCCACCAUUGUCUGCGGCCCCCAGAGUUGGUUGUCCCAUUGUACAAAACUUAGUCACACGGAGUCCAGACGUUGGCCCACUGGAGAAAACGUCAUGUCCUCUGACGCAGAAAACCUGGAACCCAGAGGAAAGAAAUCACCAGGACUCCUGAACGAGGAGCACCAGGAACAAUUAAAGUCCUCAGUGUCCCAGGCAGUAACUUGUGUGGAUAGUCACGUGGGUGUUAACAUGGGUUUCUCUGGCAUGCCUACCAAAGGCCAGGCCCUGCCUGGCUAUAUACCGGCCUUGUCCCCACCUGGACUGGACAGCUCCAGAGAUACUGCCGUAGUCGAGAAGGACAGAACAGCAGAGCCCAGCACACAGGAGGUGGCAACUGGCACCCAGGGAGUGGAGGAUGACAUAGGAGAGACCCCUGAAAUCACCAUGACUGUGUACAGCUCCGAGGAUGAAGAAGAAAGGACACCUUCGGGCUCAGAAAGAGAGCCCUUCUUUGCCAUCCAGAGGCACCUGCCGGAAGAGGAGGCUGUGUCACAGGUCCCCUUCCUAGCCCCUUUAGCGGUCCAGGCUGAGCGGCGGGCACAGCCCUCCAUCAAAUCUCCACAGAUAACAGUACAGCUUCCUGUCGUUCACGAAAUGCCUGCUUCCCCUGGGCACCUGCAACACGCGACGAAUCACGAAGACAAUCGUUCUCCGGUUCUGAGAGGAGAGGAGGGCACUGAAAAUAAAGAAGCAGCGUUUUCCUCUGUGAAUGAGGACAGGAGGGGUUCCCAGGCCCCAACAAUAUUGAACCAACCCUGUGGGAGGCCAGGGAGUCCCCAGCCUGUGGCAGAAGGUGGACGCCAGGAAGACAUAAGAGAUGACACCCAUGCGAAUGGUGAUGCCUCACAGAUGUCCCUAAUUUCAAUUCCUUCGAAAUCCUUUCCUGGUGUAAUAGAGAAAAACCACGCCCUUGAGGAGUCACGGGACCUCGGGGAGUGCGGUGGCUCUGCAGAGGAGAACAUUUCUGACCUCAACAGCGGAAGGCGAUAUGAAGGAGUGGGCACUAGCUUGGCCUCUGGCCUCCAGCAAGGGGUGUCCCCCACAGUGCUGGUGUCACCCCAGGGCUGUGCAAAGCCUGAGAGUUCUAUAGCACCAGGCAAGAACAUCCAGCUUGGGCAGGAAGAGUGCAAAGGGCCCCUGAACGAUUCGGCUUCACCCUCAAACGUCACUCAGGAAAAUGUCAGCAGUGAUUUGGGCCAUAACAACCAGUCCACAUUAGAUAAACAGCCUAUUACAAGUAUCCAAGCCUCUGGGGAGGUGACAGCUAUAGGCACUGUCACUGGUCUUACAAUACCACAGCCAAGUGGUACCCAGAACCCUGAAUACAAGAUCAUAGCAUGGUUAGCUGGUGCUCAGGACACUGAACACAAAACAAUACCACAAAUGGGAGACUCCAAGGAUGCUGAACACAAGACAAUACCACAAAGUGGUGCCCAAGAUAUUAAACACAAGCCGCCAUCAUUGGCAAGUGGAGCCCAGAACAAGGCACACGAGCUGAAACUACAGCCACAUGUUUGCCAGGAUGCUGAGCCCAACACAGCACCACAUCCAGGUACUUCCCAGGAGACUAAGCACAAGACAGCACCGAGGCCCAGUGGUACCCAGAAUGUUGAACACAAGACAACACUACAGCAAGAUAGUACUCAAGGCACUAAACAGGUGACACUAUGGUCAGGUGGUACCCAGGAUGAUGAACAAAAGGUAACACCACAGCCAUGCCGUGCCCAGGACCCUGAAGACAAGGCAGUAUCACUGAUGGACGAUACCCAAGAUGCUAAACACAAAACAACCAUAUGGACAGGUGAUGCCCAAAACCCUAGUCAGAAGGGAACAUCACAGUCAGGUGGUACCCAGGAUACUAAAUACAAGAUAAUGCCACAAGCAGAUGGUACCCAAGACACUGCACCCAAGAUGACAGCAUGGGUCGGUGAUGGCCAGGAUGGUACACAAAGACCUGAAAACAAGACAAUGCUAUGGUCUGCUAGUGUCCAGGACUACAAAGACAAGAAAACACAAAAAUCCAGCAGCCAUCCUUUGGUGUCAAGCAGCUCCCCAAAGGAUGGGAGUGGAGCCACUGAAGGAAGCAUCUCCAAAGACACGGUGCAGAGCCACCUCCUCAUGGCGGCAGCCCCGGCUGUUCAGCCUGCGGAAGCUGUAGUUUCUUGCCUGGUGCCGACUGAGUCUCUGCCAAGUGUUUCAAGUGAGCCAGCACUGAGGAGAAGCGGUUCAGAUACAGAGAACAAAAUUACAGCCACGGAGAGCAUAACAUCCCCAAGACCACAGAAGAACCCCACAGAGUCGCUGGGCCACACACAACUGCCCCCUGUGGGCCAACAGGCGCUGGACAGGAAGUCCCCUGAGAGAGAACACUUGUGUGGAGAAGCACACUCCCCUAUGUACCCUCUAAGGCCAGCCUCAGAGGGGGAGACCAGGCAGGUGGUGCCAGCCUAUGGUCCAGAGCCUCAUGUCCUCACCCAGAAGGCAGAGCGUAGGUCUGUACCCCAGGCAAAAGGCUUGGGAAGUGAAACCAAAGAGAGUCUCCCAACCCAGAGGGACACGGGUAGGCCACAGAGUCACCUUGGAUCAGAGGUAGCUGGUACAGGGCAUGCAAGAUUAUACCAAACUGGACAGCCAGAUGUGCUGUGUGUGGCAGAGCCUCAGGAAGAAGCAUGGGCUCCUCGGAACCUAGUAGGGAACGGAAAGAUGCCAACAGAAGAGAGUUCCAGCUGGCACAGGAACAGGGAUCGGGAGUAUCCCCUGGGACCACUGGGGAGGCAGGAAAGGAGCCCAACUCAAGGAGACAACCUUCAGGCUGACGAAGCCACCCCAGGGAACCCGAGGGAGCCUUGUGGUCUGCCUAUGCAGAAACAAACCCAGAGUCAGGGACAGGCCAGCCAGCCAGUACCUCAGGGCUGGGGACAACCCGAGAGCACACCUGAAGAAGUACCCACUGCUGGCUCGGGUGGGGAGCCUCCAAGUGUGGACCCCAUUCUCGGCAGUCAGCAAAGCCUAGGUGCCCUACACCUACCCGAAGAAGGCCAGUCCCUGGCUGGUAGCAGGACCACAGUUUGCUCCCUCAAUACAGCAGAUAACUCUCCCUGGCUCACAUGUAAUGCUGGGAGCCAACCACUCUUCCAAUCCCUUGCCCAGUCUGGCUCACCAAAUGCCCCUAGGGCAGAAAAGGACCUAUCAGACCACAGGCAUCACAGGUCGGUGCACUUUGCAAAAUACCGUGCCCAAAGUUUCAGGGACCAGAAAGCCUUCGAGCUGUCCUUUAGGCCCACAGUCCUCAGGGCCAGUGAUACCUCUGAGCCCCCAAAGUGA